GACGCGUAAAGCGCAUGGGUUGGACUUGGAGGAGGAAUCCUUGCGCUCCUGAUCCCAUGCUUGGUAGGCCUGUGAAUCUGUGAAGUGCCCUGUCCAUGGAUGCGUGGAUGAAGCAGAGGAGGCUGUAGCUGCAGCAGGACCUCCUCCCUCCUGCUUUCUCCCCCCGUCAGUGUGCGCAGUUCCGCUGCAGCCUGAAGCAGAGUGCAGCUGCCCGGUGAGACAGACCGCAGGCAAGGAUCCUAUCAGUGGUCAUUUGAUCCACCGUUACUGGAGAACAGCGGGGGAGUCUUUCUUAGGAGCCAUUCAGGAAGGAAAAAAAAAGGCGCUAAAGCUGGGAGUCUGUCCUGAUCAAGUUCUCUCCCUACUUUGGUUUCAACCUGGUAGAAAUUCUACAAAUGGAUAAUGGAGACUGGGGCCAUAGGAUGACCACUCCUGUUACCUUGAAUGUGGGAGGCCACUUAUAUACCACCAGUCUAUCCACCCUGCAGCGUUAUCCAGACUCCAUGCUGGGAGCCAUGUUUCGGGGGGAUUUCCCUACAGCUCGGGACGCUCAGGGAAAUUAUUUCAUUGAUCGAGAUGGGACACUUUUCAGGUACAUCCUGAACUUCCUGAGGACAUCUGAGCUUACACUGCCCGUGGACUUCACGGAGACGGACUUGCUGCGGAAAGAGGCUGACUUCUACCAGAUCGAACCUUUGAUUCAGUGCCUUAAUGAUCCUAAACCCCUAUAUCCUCCUGAUAUCUUCGAGCAGGUGGUGGAGCUUUCUAGCACCCGGAAACUGUCCAAAUACUCCAACCCGGUCGCUGUUAUCAUUACACAGCUAACUAUAACAACAAAAGUUCACGCCCUGCUAGAGGGGAUUUCGAACAACUUCACCAAGUGGAACAAGCACAUGAUGGACACCAGAGACUGUCAGGUGUCAUUUACAUUUGGACCAUGUGACUAUCAUCAAGAGGUUUCACUGCGGGUUCAUCUCAUGGACUAUAUAAUGAAGCAAGGUUUCACCAUCCGGAACACCCGUGUGCACCAUAUGAGCGAGCGUGCAAAUGAGAACACUGUGGAGCAUCACUGGACUUUCUGUAGGCCAGCACACAAAGUUGAAGACUGAUUUAGUGCAUAGUUGUUGUGACAUUACUGUUAAAUAACAUUGUAUUAAUAAAGUCAUGAAAACAAAAAAAAAAUGAACGGAAAGGGCAAAACUCUAUUCUGUUGCAGUAAAGUCUGAUCUUCAUAUUUCUAAUUUUAGAAAUGAUGGUGCAAUACACAAAGCAAUAAAAUAAAAACAAAUUAAUUGUGAAAUAAGGAUUUGGCGCCCUAGUUUUAAAACCACACAACUCAAGUUUUAUGCCUCGGGAAACUUAAUUCCCAGAAACUAAUCUUACGACUAGAUGUUCAUAAUAAAAAUGUUUAUGAAUGAUCCAUUAUUUAUUAUAAGGAGCCUAGUUGCUUUAUGUAGUUUAUAGUUCUGUACUCAAUUCCAAAUAACCCCUGAUCUUGAUUAAAACAGUCACAGUUGUGGACUUGGAGGUGUUAGUUGUGUACUUUUGCUAUGGUAAAUAUUAUACCAGGAUUAUUUCUGUUCCAAUAGACUUGUGCUGAGUAGGAUAGGUAAUUUAGACCUCUUAACCCAUUUGUAUGGUACUGAUUCUCAAUCCCCUAAAAGUUGUUGCAUGUGUCUUGUGUAUUAUGUGUAUCUGCUGUGAACGCUUUAGAAUGUUCUGCUUAGCUGUCAUAUCAAAGAGGAUGUGUUCCAUCCUCCCGGCCAGAAUAAAUCCAAUUGCUGUCUCAUUUUAUUCAUGAA